ACACGUUGUGUACUGAUAGAGGAAACCCAGAAGCCCAAGAAUCCUCCAGUCUCACUUGCUUCUUCUCUGACUCAUUCCUUUUCCCACAGGAGGAACUCCUGUCUUAGCCAGAGAGCUUCCUUUGGACUUGUGUUCCAGGCACCGGAUGCUCAUCAGGGCAGCCCUAAGCCUCCUCAUGAGGACAGCGGGGACUACACCAUGAACUCCGGAUCAUGCCUGAGUGCCAGCACAAUGGCCUUUCCCACCAUCACUGGCAGCAGCGUGGCCAUGAGUGCCUACAGCAGCAGCAAUGCUAGUCCUGCCAAUUCCAUGGAUACUCAGAAGUGCUUCCCAAAGAAGCAGGACAAAGUGAAGAAGAGGGUCAUCUGGGGCAUUGAGGUGGCUGAGGAGCUUCAGUGGAAAGGCUGGGAGUUGGGGAAGGAGAUCACCAAGAACCUGGUUCUGAAAAAUCUAUCCUUGAAAAUCCAGAAGAUAAAGUACAGGCCCCCCAAGACCAAAUUCUUCUUCACGGUCAUCCCCCAGCCCAUCUUCCUGAGCCCAGGCAUAACCCUCUCACUCCCAAUCAUCUUCCGGCCCCUGGAGGAGAAGGAGUGCGUGGACCAGCUGUGGUUUGAGAAAGCAGAGGGGACGUUCUGUGUGGACCUGAGAGCCACCCUGCCCUGCCACAAUCUGAUCUGCCCACCGUCCCUGCAGUUGCCCAUGUGCGCCAUCGGGGACAUGGCCGAGGCCUGGUUCUGUCUGGACAAUGUGGGGGACCUGCCCACCUUCUUCACCUGGGAGUCCCCCAGCCCAUUCCAGAUGUUGCCGACCACGGGGCUGCUGGAGCCAGGCCAGGCCUGCCGGAUCACGGUGACCUUUCAGCCCCUUACGGCUAUCAUCUCUGAUGUUCAGGCCACGUGCUGGUACGGGGAGGGAAGCAAGCAGAAGAGCAGCAUCCAGCUGCAGGCUGUGGCCAAACGCGCCCAGCUGCUGGUGAGCAUGAAGCAGAAACGCCCGGAGGACCAGGAUGCCGAGGGCAUCCAGAAGGUGCUGCACUUUGGCUCUGUUGCCGUGGGCUGCACCGCUGAGAGGCAGAUCAAGCUGUAUAACCCAUCGGUGGUGAGCGCCCCCUUCAGGAUCGAAGUGGCCCCACACAUGCUGGCCAAAGACGAGGCCUUCUCGUGCCCCACGGCCCAUGGCAUCGUGCCCCCGGGAGAGAAGAAAUGCGUGUCAGUGUUCUUCCACCCUGAGACCUUGGACGUCAGGACUAUGGACUACUUGUCUGUCAUGCCCUCUGGCUGUGCCUCCCAAACCCUGCUCAAAGUCGUUGGUUUCUGUAGAGGUCCUGACGUGUCCCUGCAGUUCUACUGUGUCGACUUCAGCUGGGUCAACCUCGGGAAGCGCUCUGAGCAGUCCCUGUGGAUUGAGAACAAGUCAGACUGCACGGCCCACUUCCAGUUUGACAUCGACUGUCAGGAGAGCGUCUUCAGCAUCAGACCUGCCUUUGGGACCCUGGUGGGCAAGGCCCGCGUGACCCUGCACUGUGCCUUCCAGCCCACUCACCCCAUCAUCUACUUUCGGAGGGUGGCCUGUUUCAUCCACCACCAGGACCCACUGUUCCUCGACCUGAUUGGGACGUGCCACUCGGACAGCACCAAGCCAGCCAUCCUCAGGCCUCAGCACCUCGCUUGGUACCGCACACACCUGGUGCGGGGCCUGACGCUCUACCCGCCUGACAUCCUGGGCAUCAUGCUGAGGGAGCAGAAGCUGGAGCAGGAUAAGAAUGGUGCCCUGAUGAUUCCCACUGAGGACCUGGAGGACAUACCGGCCCCACAGUAUCCCCUUAUCCCCCCCAUGACCGAGUACUUCGUCGACGGCACCAACGACAUGGCCAUCUUUCCCCCGCCCGUCAGCAUUGAGCCUGUCGAGGUGGAUUUUGGUGCCUGCCCCAGGCCCAAGGACCCCAACCCUGUCCCCCUGUGCCUGAUGAACUACACCAAAGGCAAGAUCACUGUGGCCUGGACACGCAGGGCUGAUUGCCCCUUCUGGGUGACUCCAAACCCCUGCGAUGUGCCCCCUCUCAAGUCCACAGCCAUGCGCUUGCACUUCCAGCCGCCUCACCCCAACUGCCUGUACGCCGUGGAGCUUGAAGCCUUUGCUGUCUAUAAGGUCCUGCGGAGCUACAACAAUAUCGAAGAGGACUGCACUGUGUGCCCUUCCUGGUGCCUGAGGCUCCGGGCACGAGGCCACAGCUAUUGUGCUGGCUUGGAGCACCACAUCCCUCAGUAUACCCUGGAUGCCCCCAAGCUAUUUCCUGCAGUGCCCCCCAGUGAACCCUCCUACCGCAGCCUGCUCCUGACCAACACAGGCUCGAUGCUGCUGACCUUCAACCUGGCCCCCAGAAGCAGCUCGGACGUCUCCCUACGGCCCAGCUCGGGCCUCGUGCCCCCUGGGGCCCACCAGAUCUUCCUCAUCUCUACCUACCCCAAGGGCACCUCCUGGAAGCAGCAUGUUUUCUACUUGCAGUUCAAUUUCUGCCCCCAGUAUCUCAAGGAGGUAACCAUGCAGAGCCGGGAGGAGCCGCUGCAGCUGAAGCUGGACUCCUGUAAAAGCGUCUUCUUCAAGCCCACCUGGGUGGGUUGCUCCUCCACCAGCCUCUUCACCUUCCAAAACCCCUCGCGUCUACCUCGGGAAUUUGAGUGGAGGAUCUCCCAGCAGCACCGGAAGAUGCUGGCCGUGCAGCCCACCAGGGGGAUUAUCCAGCCCAAUGAGAGCCUUACGCUGACGUGGACCUUCAGCCCCCUGGAGGAGAUCAAGUACCUGUUCCGAGUGGGGAUGUGGGUCUGGGAAGCUGGCCUGCCCCCAAACACCAAGCCCCCCGCCACCACCCACUACAUGCUCCGGCUGGUGGGCAUGGGCAUCAGCAGCAGCCUCUCCGCAAAGGAAAAGGAGCUGGACUUUGGGAACGUGCUGGUGAACAGCGAGCAGACCAGGGUGCUGGUGCUCCUGAAUGACGGCAACUGCACCCUCUAUUACCGCCUGUUCCUGGAACAGUGCAGCCCUGAGGCUGUCGGCAAUGGCCCCCUCGCUCUGCAGCUGGACCGCACAGAGGGGAGCAUGCCGCCCCGGUCCCAGGACACCAUCUGCCUGACCGCCUGUCCCAAACACCGUUCCCAGUACUCCUGGACCAUCAACUACUCUCUCCUCUCCCACAGAGAUAACAAGGUUGGGGAGAAGCAGGAGCUGUGUCACGUGUCCCUGAUGGCCGUGUACCCCCUACUCUCCAUCCUGGAUAUCUGCUCCAUGGGCAGCGCCGAGGGCAUCACCCGGAAGCAUCUGUGGCACCUCUUCUCCCUGGACCUGCUCAACAGUUACUUGGAGCGCGACCCCACCUCCUGGGAACUCACCUACAAAGUGCCCACCCGGCACAGCACCGGCCAGACCCCCUCUGUCUUCACCCCUCUGAAGCUCAGCUUCAAUUUUGGGGCAGCACCAAUAGAUGCCCCACCCUCUGUGGUGCUUCUGGCCCUGAAGAACAGUGGAGUGGUGCCCCUGGACUGGGCCUUCCUCUUUCCAAGUGACCAGCAGAUCGACCUGGAGCUGUGGGCAGAGCAGGUGGAGUUUGACUGCACUGAGCUGCAGCAAAUGCGCGUGCAGGACAAUUGCAUAUUCUCCGUCAGCCCCAAGGCUGGGAGCCUGAGUCCCGGGCAAGACCAGAUGGUGGAGUUCAAAUACAGCCACCUGUUCAUUGGCACUGAUCGCCUCCCGGUGCUCUUCAAGGUGUCCCAUGGCCGGGAGAUCCUGCUAAAUUUCAUAGGUGUGACAGUGAAGCUGGAGCAAAAGUACGUGCACUUCACCUCCACCAGCCAUCAGUUCAUCCCCGUCCCCAUCGGCGACACGCUGCCCCCAAGGCAGAUUUAUGAGCUGUAUAACGGUGGCUCGGUGCCUGUGACAUAUGAGAUCCAGACCAGCAUCCUGUCGCAGGUUCAGGAAAAAAAUUUUGAUCACCCCAUCUUCUGCUGCCUCAACCCCAAAGGGGAGAUCCAGCCAGGUACAACUGCUCUCGUCUUCUGGAUCUUCUCACCUAUUGAGGCCAAGACCUACAUGGUGGAUGUGCCCAUACACAUCCUGGGAUGGAACUCAGCCAUCAUCCGCUUCCAGGGAGUGGGCUAUGACCCUCACAUCAUGGGCGACACAGCCCCAUUCCACAACAUCUCCUCAUGGGACAAUAGCUCCAUCCACUCGAGGCUGAUGGUUCCUGGACAGAAUGUCUUCCUGUCCCAAUCUCAUAUCUCCCUGGGAAACAUUCCUGUGCAGAGCAAGUGCAGCCGCCUGCUGUUCCUCAACAACAUCUCCAAGAAUGAGACAAUUGUCUUUGUCUGGCAGCAGAAGGCUCUAGACUUUGGGGAGGUGUCUGUGAGUCCUAUGAGAGGAAAGGUGGCUCCCGAAGAGACGAUCCCAUUUGUGGUGACCCUGAAGGCCUCAGCGCAUGCCAGCUUCUAUAGCAUGGACCUGGUAUGCAAGGUGUACCGGCAGAAACUCCUGACGCAGUACCGUAAGGAACUGCAGGUGUGGGAGGACGAGAAGGUGCGGCAGGAAGUGGAGUUCACCAUCACAGAUAGGAAAGCAAAGAGAAGGGCGUAUCGUACAGCUUGUGAACCUGUGAGCAAGUACAGGACGCUGCCCCCCAUCAAGAACCAGUGGUGUCUCAACUGCCCAACCAGCUGGAACCUUAAGAUUGCAAAGGAGGAGACACGCUGGCCAUGCCCCCAGCCGCCCUCGCCAGGGAUGCUCAGCUUAAGCCUCACUGCCCGCGCCCAUGCCACCGACUACUUCCUGGCCAACUUCUCUGACUUUCCCCGCCACUCCUUGCACCGGGAGUUGCCAAAGAGGAGGUACCCCAGGGAGGAGUCGGAGGCUGGCGAGGAAGAGUCCACGGACAAGUGGGCCCCUGUCUCCAAGCAGAAGCAGCAGCUCCUGACUGACUGUCUCACCACCAUAAUCAGGGGUCUGCUGGAGGACAAGAUCUUCCAUGAGGCUGUGGACCGAAACCUGGUGGAGCAAAUGCCUUACUUCUGCCAGUUCUGGAAUGAGCAGUCGGCAAGGUUCAUGGCCCAGAGCAGCAGCCUGCACUUAGUGCCAGCCACGUCUCAGUCCUGCAACAGCUCUGAGCGCACGUCCCGGGAGUCUCUGAAAUGGCAGUGGCAGCAACAGCUGAAGGUCUCACUGAAGGAGAAGCAAGAGCAGGAUGAGAAGGAGGCCAUCAGCCGGCUCCCGGCUUUCGUUAGCCUGCAGGAGGCGCUGCUGGAGAACAUGAUCCAGAACAUCCUGGUGGAGGCGAGCCGCGGGGAGGUGGUGCUCACUUCGCGGCCACGCGUCAUCGCCCUGCCGCCGCUCAGCGUUCCCAGGAUUCUGACUCCCGACUCGCUGCCGGCGGCGUCCCCGGGGCCGCAGCAAGCGGAGAUGCCCUGCUCGACUGAGCCGACCUCCACCAACUGUUUGCAGACGCCAGCGCCCACCCCCUCCGACUUGCAGCUCUAG